AAUCAGAAGAGCGGUAGAGGCAAUUGGGGGGAGGGGGGUGGGGAGGUAGGUUGCAGGGACAAGAGCGUGUGGUGGCUACUGAGGAGGGGUCGGGAUCUCCGCAGCUGCCCCGCCAGACUGCCCCCCAGGAGAACCCGCCAGCGCCCGACCCCCAUUAGGCCCCUCCUGGCCCGCUGUGCACGGCGGUCCGCAGCUGUUGGUGCUGGCUCCAGCGGCUGCUGCGGAGAAGGAGGCCGGAGGCCUGUGCGCGCGGGGGCGGGGCAGAGUCGGGCCUGUGACUCCAGGGGCCGAGACGCCAAGGCAGCGGGGGCCCAGCGAGGGGAACCCAGGGCCUACGGGCCCUAACGGACUGGUUACUUGGGGCCCGGUCUAACCCGUCCCGUGGGGUCCAGCCUCCACCCCAGCAGCCCUCUCCUCUUUGGGACGCCCCUUCCACCACCUGCCCGACCAGUCCGGGCCGCAGGCCCGAGGUCGCUCUGCCCCUCGGCCGGGGUGGCCUCCAGGGGCGGGAAGUCACUCUUGUCCCUCAAGCCUGGGCCGCAUGAAGCUUCCCAGUCACCCACCUGUGCGCGCCCUCUCGCUCUCUGCCUCCCUCGGGGCCCGCCUUUCUCCUUUUCUUCCAUCUCUUCCCACCCCGCAACCCCGCGGGGUUUCUCAGCAGCGACCCUAGAAUCGUCUCGGCUGCCAUUAGGCUGACUCCCUCGUUUCCCAGGACGCUUCCAGCCCCUCAGGGAAUCGUUCAGGCCUGCUGAGAAGUUCACCCUCAGUUCUUCCGUAGCGGGCAGCCGGCCAACCAUUUUGACACCCUUAACCACAGAAACAGCCCGCCAAGUUACCCGUUUGUUCCUGGGAUCUUCCUGUUCCUCUCCGUUAGUGAUUUGGGUGGGUGGUUUGGGGCCCAAUUGCGUAGAGAAAGAAUAGGUUUUUCUCCCCCAGAAGCUAAGAUUCCAAUCACUCCGUUUGUUAAUCCAAUGCUGAAACUGAGGGGCAGCCCUGGACUUGAUGGUUUGAGAAAGAGGCUCCCGGCGAGUCCCAGUUUUGUGAGUGACUUGCUUUGACUAAUCCUACUCGUGGGAGGGUGCCGAGGGGGACAGACUGGUCGGACCGACUUAGCAGGAAUGUUCCACUCACUGCAGAGGAGGUCGCCCUCCAGUGUUUAUUCCUACUGUGUGAGCUCCGCACGGUUUGCCAGCCUCGCAGAUGGGAGUCUGGGCUGGGGGCAUCGGGUGAGCUCCCUCAAGGGCAGGGUACAGCAGGUCCUGAGUUGGUUCCAGAAGGAGAUUGAAAGAGGCCCUAGGCAGAGUAAGAGCCUGCUCUCGCUUUUAGCUAACCAGUGUAGCUAUGUCACCAGCUUGAGGGUCCGCCGUGCCCAGCAGAUCGGCCAGCUCUACAGCAACAUCUACUCGGAGAGGACGCGCUGGAGCCUCUUCAGCAGACUUUGGCGCAAGUUCCACAGCCACCACGGGAAUGCCUGCAAAGUGAUGGCUGCUCUAACUGGAAUCUUUGUGUGGGAAGAGGAGAGGAUCAAAGAAGAGGAGCUACAGAGAUCUAUUGAUGAGAUGAAAAGAAUGGAGGAAAUGUCUAGCAUGUUUCAGAGCAGUGGAGUAGAGUGCCACCUCCCUGAACUGAAACCCCAAACAGAAGAAGCAAGUGAUAAAGCCACCAAAGAGCAGCCAUGGGAAAUGGUAAUGGACAAGAAACACUUCAAACUCUGGAGGCGCCUGAUCAGUGGGACUCACCUUUACCAAUAUAGAGUUUUUGGAACGUAUACCGAUGUGACACCUAGACAAUUCUUCAAUGUUCAGCUGGAUACAGAAUAUAGGAAGAAGUGGGAUGCUCUGGUCAUCAAACUGGAGGUGAUUGAGAGGGAUGUGAUAAGUGGUUCUGAAGUUCUUCACUGGGUAACUCAUUUUCCCUAUCCAAUGUACUCACGGGAUUAUGUGUAUGUACGGAGGUACAGCGUGGAUCAGGAGAACAAUGUGAUGGUGUUGGUGUCACGUGCAGUGGAACAUCCCAGUGUGCCAGAAUCUCCUGAAUUUGUUCGUGUCCGGUCUUAUGAGUCCCAGAUGGUUAUCCGCCCCCACAAAUCAUUUGAUGAGAAUGGCUUUGACUAUUUGCUAACAUAUAGUGACAAUCCCCAAACUGUGUUUCCUCGUUACUGUGUCAGCUGGAUGGUCUCCAGUGGCAUGCCAGAUUUCCUGGAGAAGCUGCAUAUGGCCACCCUGAAAGCCAAGAACAUGGAAAUCAAAGUGAAGGACUACAUCUCAGCCAAACCUUUAGAUGUCAGCAGUGAAGCCAAGUCAGCCACUCAGACCCCAGAUCGAAAGAGUGAGGGCAGCUGUGGCCCUCCCCGCAUUGAAUAUGCUUAAAGGGGAUUAGGGUUGGGGGGGAGAAAUUGUUUCAUACCUGCUUUGGACCUUUAACCCCCUGCUGCAGAACAGGGAAAAGCCAGGUGUAUUGGAAGAGGCCUGCUUGACUCACAAAGACAGAGAGUUUGAUAACUGCAGUCUCAUUCACCUGGCCCUGACUUCUUUCAGUGCUUUUGCCAUCCUUUUGUCAGAGCAUUUGAGAAGAUGGCGUCUCUCCUGGGAAGCUGUUGUGUUCCUGGCUCAAGAAUUUUAAAUUCAUUAUUUCACUGAGGUAAUCUGGGACAGAUUUCUUAUACCUGUGUAAGGAUGAGAACACUUCCGUUUGUCCCGUUGGAACAUUUUCCUCACGCCUGGAUUUUACUUUGUGCCAUCAAUUCUGCAGUGACUUGUCUUUUACUUCCUGAAGACUGCAUCUAACAAGACUGUUUGGGUUUUUUCAUCAGUUUGUGGGGGGAAAGGGGUAUUGAGAAAUCUCUUGGCAGUAGGUCUUUGUAUGUGCUGACUAUAAAUGAAACAGUCCUAUGUGGCCCAAGUGCCUUCUCUUGAUCUUUGUCUGUUUAGGAACAACGUGAAAGCUGUGCCAAGAAAUGUCCUUCCUCUACCCAGAAAGUGUCAUUCUUCCUUGUGAGAUUCCUUUUUAAAUCUGUUUAAUACCUUUGCUGUCCUUUCUGGUUUGGACUGUGUCUUCUUACCCAUCAUCUCUUUCCUGUCCUCCCCUACAUAAGGCCACCAGUAAAAGAAGCCCUUUUAGACAAUAAUAUAUUAACAGUAUUCAGGUACGAUCAGGCAAGAUGAUGGUAAGGCAACUUACUAAAAAUAUUGAAUUAAGCUUCCAUUUUUAUUUUGUGUUAAGUUUUGGUCAAGAAAGUGGAAUAGGGAAUCACCCAGUUGUUACUAGCUUUAAGGGUUACUCCUUAGCCUAGCUACAAAAGAUUCCUCCUUAACCUCACUGAAAAGAAAAUGCCAAACUUGUCAGCCCUCUUGGUUUGACUUAAGUCAGUAUUAUUUCUGGAUGUACAUAAGGUUUAUGUAGACCCUCUUCCUGUGGUGAAGCUUAGGCAUGAAAUCACCAUGGAGAUACUCUCCAGGGACUUAUCCUCAGUUCCCUGUUGGGAAGAGAACACGGAGGGAAGGAAAAAUAAUUUUCUUCCCAUAGAGGUUUCAGAAUUGUAAGCUAAGGUAAGAUAUUUAGAAUGAAAAACCUAGCCAUAACCAUAAUAGGUAAGAAAUGCUGGCUGAGCUAUUUAGAUACCUGUUCAUCUGAGCAUUUGCCUAGCAUUGAAGCCAGGGGAGGAGUAAAACUAGAGACUGCCUCAUUCCUUUACUUUUCCUCAAUCAUUGCAGUUUGACAAAACCUCCUGUUACCUCCCUUUCUACUUGUUACGUUGAAAUGCUCUUGCAUUUGCAUUGCAGUGAGAUUGCAUUGCAUUCAAAUGCUAUUAGCUCUUAUUGUAUGAUUGACUUGAAUUUUGUUGGAAUGUCUUGGCUCUGACCAGGUAUAUUAACCCGUAUGGCCGGAGAAAGGUGCAGCUUGAAGGCUAACAGUAUCUUCAGAGUGGGAUGAAUGAUCUUAACUGGGUUUGUUUGGUUUUGAUUAUGACUGGAGUGCCUUGCUCUUUACAAGUAUAUUGACGAUGAUGGCUGCGGAGGGAUCCUGCCUGAAGGCAAGUGUGUGAUCUCCAGAUUGAGAUAGGUUCUGAUUUAUAGGGUAUAGAGUAGUAAGGGUGGUCUCAUCUGGGCUCAGUUACUGUGACAAAACUGCAGUCUGUAAGGUGGUAAGUGAUUUUGAAGUCUCCCUUGUCAUCAAAAUUUAGGUGGGAAACUUCUAUUUGCCAUCCCCCAUGCCCUGUUUCUAUCAUGUGAGAAGGGAUCUAGCCCUAAAAGUAAUUUUAAUCACCUUAUAGUACCCUGGCUGUCUAUUUGGCCUUGUGCCAAGAUAGUGAUCCUGCCAACACCUUUCUUGGCAUCUGUUCAAAUGAUAUGACACAAAGGUACACUGAAGAGCCCAAGCUCGUUUUCAUUGAUCCUUCUUUUCUCAUUUCAGGAUGUGAUGAAAUCAGGGGACAGUCAUUGGGUUCCAUUAGUAUUCAUUAUGUACAGGAGUUAACUGUAUGUAUGAAGAGAGCAAUUAUAAAGGUGCUUAGGGUACUUGGGAUGUUCUGUGUGAUUCCAUGUUCUGAUUUGUGGCACUGGGUUAUGUCAGUGUAGUAGUUACUUUUGGGAUUGUAAUAAUUUCACUAAUAACUGGUAUUUUUAUCAAAAGUGUGAAUAAAUAUACCAAUUGGUAUGAAA